AUGCCAAGAGCAGCGCAGAUUUUUAGGUCUGUCGUUAUUCCGAAGCGACGACUCGGCUGGGGGUCGGUUCCGUACAAUCCCGAUGAAAGUAGAAUUCUCGAAUGCCUUUCGGAGGACGACAAUGGUUACGUACGUGUAAAAUUUGCCGCGAACUUCGAAUUGAGAAUACCAAAAGACCAUUUAAAGUUGUACAAGAACGGGAAAAAUGCCUAUGAAGAGUUUCUUGAACGAAAAACAUACGAAACAAAAGAAGAAAGCGACUACUCGGUUUCUUCGUCCUCUUCAGAUGCAUUCAUCGAAUCACCAUCUUCGGAUUCUGACGCUAUUGUCGUGACACGGAGGUCGAGACGACUGAAGCGUCUGAGAAAAGUCUCAGGCAUUGAUUCUUCUUCUUCAUCUGAUGAAAACGACCGUAUCCUAACUCGCCUUCAAAAACGAAAACGCAAUGUGGUGGAAAAAUCUCGCUAUUCUACUCUCCAGCCGACCAAAGAUGAACUCGUUAGUUCAGAGACCAGUGAGUUCGCUAGUGCAACCAGCGGUUCUGAAGAUGAUUCGGUAGAUUUGUCGAAUCCAGUACAUAGAAUGCAACCCAAACAUGACUCUUUUUAUCAUGUUCAGCUUUGCGCGAAAUGCCAUCGGCUUGAAAGACCGAGCAGUGCUGCAAGGUGUUUCCUCUUUUGCUCUCAUUGCACAAACGCAUAUCACGUCGAAUGCUCUUCGUUCACUCGAAUGAACAAAGCUCAGAAAAAGAAAACUCUGGAGGAUGGUUUUCUCUGCAACCCUUGCACCAGAGAGUCCAAUUAUCGGCUUACACGGAACUGUUUUAAGUGCGGAUGUACUGCUGACACAUCCACGAACAAACCCGAAAAAGCUGUUGAUUAUAGUCAACGCAUGUUUCGAUGUUGGCGGUGUCUUCGUAUUCAACAUUUCCAGCACAUCAUUAGUGGUGAUCCUGGCAAUGAACCAAAACAAGCCGUGGAGAAUCACCUUAAUAUGAAAGUUUGCAAUGAUUGUCUUAAUCACCCUAAAGAUGUUGCAGAAGUAGUUGCUUGGCGGCAGUUACCCAAAAAUCAAAUAUAUCCCGGCUUUAUAGUAGACGAUAAUUGUACUUCAAUCAAUGUGUCCGACUGGACAAAGGAAUACUUGGUACGAUUUGAUAACGAGCCCUAUUUGAACUGUUGUUGGAUGUCUUCUACAUGGCUUGCCGGUGUAGCAUUUACGCGAAAGACGAAUUAUGAUUCAAGAAUGAACGCGGCAGUGAAAGAUGAACGUGAGGCCAUUCCUGAAGCUUACACUUUGAUAGACCUGGUGCUUGAUGCACGCUACGAAGGUGACAUAAAUCGAUUUCAAAUGAAUUUCAAAAACAAGCAGGAAGAAUUGUCGGCUUUGUCGAAAGUUCAAAAAGUCUUUGUCAAAUGGCAAGAGUUACCUUACUCAAUGUCCAUGUGGAUUGAUGUACCAACAUCUACCGAUGAAAAGAGAUGGACUUUGUUUAGGGAUGCAUUCCAUAAAUAUGUCUCUCGGUUCCAUCAAGACAAGCCAACGAAAUCCGUUUCCCGUGGCUUAAUUCCCUUCACACAUAUGGAGCUAACAAGGCAACCUGAUUAUAUUGUCGGAGGGGAUCUUAUGCCUUACCAGUUGGACGGUGUUAAUUGGUUGUACUACAAAUGGUACUCAAAUCACCCUACCAUAUUAGCUGAUGAAAUGGGUUUGGGAAAGACAGUUCAAAUCAUCUCAUUCUUGAGUGUGCUAAGACACGAACAAAAAAGUUUUCCAUUUCUAGUCAUCGUUCCUCAUGCCACUGUUUUAAAUUGGCAACGUGAAUUUGAAAAAUGGGCACCUUCUAUUACAGUCAGUUCACUCGUUGGUAUUUCAGAAAAUCGUCGUGUCGUUCGUGAUUAUGUCGUGACAACAAAAGAUGAUCCUCGCGAACUUAAAGUGCAGGCACUCAUAGUAAGCGCGUCUAAUGUUUCAGAUGAGUUUUCUUUUUUAAAACGGUUUCGGUGGAGCUGCUUAGUUGUUGACGAGGGUCAAAGAUUAAAAAACGACAUGUCGAUAUUGCCGUCUUUACUUCUAUCACUUCAGGUGGACUAUAAAGUCAUUUUAACUGGUACACCUCUACAAAACAAUAUAAGGGAAUUAUUCAAUUUGCUUCAUUUCCUUGAUCCCAAAAAAAUAAACCCAGAAGAACUUACUCGUCAGUAUGAAGAUUUGGAUGCCGAGAAAGUUGAAGAAGUCCAUCAGCUUCUGAAGCCAUAUGUUCUGCGUCGUGUGAAGGACGAUGUCUUAAACUCUUUACCCCCAAAGGUUGAACUGAUUAUACCACUUUCUAUGACUUCGUUACAGAAAAAACUUUACAAAUCAAUUUUGGCAAAGAACGUUAAUCUUAUUAAAAGCAUUACAUCAAAAUCACGUUCUGGAAAAGGACCUUCUCAAAGCUCGCAAACAUCCCUUAACAAUAUUCUUAUGCAGCUGAGGAAGACACUCGCUCAUCCCUACAUUUACUCUCAGGAUGUUGAAGAUAGAACUCUUUCUGCCGAGCUUAGUAUACGAUCUAUGGAGGAAGCUAGUGCAAAAAUGCUAUUGUUGAGAAUUUUGGUACCAAAACUUAUCGAAAAGAAUCAUCGAAUCCUAUUUUUUUCACAAUUUAUCAUGCAGCUUGAUAUAUUAGAAGAUUGGUUCGAUGCAAAAAACAUUAAAUACGCACGUUUUGACGGUACCACUUCCGAGUCGGACAGGCAGAAUGCUAUUGAUGCAUUUUGUCGAAAAGACUCAGACUUGACAUGUUUUCUGCUUUCUACUCGUGCCGGUGGUGUUGGAAUUAAUUUGGCCAAAGCUGACACUGUCAUUAUUCUUGAUCCGGAUUUCAAUCCCCAUCAAGACAUGCAAGCCAUUGCAAGAGCGCAUCGUUUUGGUCAAAAAAAUAAUGUAACUGUUUUUCAGUUAAUGAUCCGCAACUCGGUUGAGGAAAAAAUUGUCCAGGUUGCCAGACGAAAGCUACUUUUAGACCACUUGAUUGUCGAAACUAUGGACAAAGAUGAUGGGGACAAAGUUGAUUUAGAAAGCAUUAUCAAGUAUGGCGCAAGGGAACUUUUUGACGACGAUGGCCUUCACGAAAUUAAAUAUGAUGAGGCUUCCGUAACAGCUUUAAUAGAACAAACGGAAGCCUCCUUUAAACAAAGCUCCGUCACAUCAGAUCCCCAAAAACAUGAAAAUCAGUUUGCUUAUACGCGCGUUUGGGAAGCUGGCACGCAAACGACGCAAGAUUUUGCCGAUACCACGGACUCCAGAAAUACUAGCGCACAGGGUGACGACGAUGUUUGGGCUAUAAUUCUUAAGGAGCGAGAAGCAGCAGCAGCAGUUUCUGCCGAACCAACAGUCGAAGGUCGUCGUCGUACCCGACGAAAAGUCUCAUAUACUGAACCAGAACAGUUCUCUAAUUCCUCAGAUGACGAAGAUUAUAUUGCUGAACCCACGCCCUUUGCAGCUUCAUCCGAUUCCGAUUCCGAUUUGGUUGAAGACGAACCUUUAAGCCUUCAAGUUACAAAUUCUACUAAACUCAGAAACUUGAUGAGUGAUCAACCAACUCUUCCAUUCAGAAUCAGAGAACGGUUAACAGCACGUAUCUCCGAAGUAGAUGACAACAACACUGGAGAGACUGUAAAGCCAACAGAAUAUCAAGUAAAACCUUCCGUGGAAUUAUCUGAUGAACUUAUUGAGCUUCCCGCUGACAGUCCAGCAUACUCCAAUAAGGUUUUCGAACCUGAGCACAGACUUGUUCUUAAUGAUGUUUCUGAGCUACUUUUGUUUAAGCAUCUUGAUUCUUAUCGCGUUCCCGAUGGACCGAGGUGCCGAUUCUGCGACAUCAAUCACGUUCCUGGUAACUGUGGAUUAAGUACUGUACCUUUAGAAAUUUGCUUCCUUUGUGGCACCCCUCAUUUCAGCGGAAAGGCAGCAUGCCCACUUUUUAAAAGCGAGGAGACUCUUCUUAUGCUAAAAAAUAUGUUGAAAAAGUCUGUUGAGUCAGAUGUUUUAAAACGAAGAGCAUUGGGCAGGCUGGACAGCAUUAUAAAAGCGGUCCGCAAAAGCGUUAACACCUAA